AUGGUUGCUUGUGAAUAUCUAUUAAUAUUUAUAUAUUAUGAUGAUUUACCAAUUGCCUAUUCAACAAAAUCGAAAAACGAUGCUCAUUUUUCUGUAAAAUGUUCUUCGAAUCCAACAUGGCGAUCAUCAAAAGAUGGAAUUUAUGUCGGAGGCACAUCAUGGAGUCGUCCCUCAGCUCCCUAUUCAAUAAUAACGUCGCCAAAGAAAAAUAAAAAAGUUCGUUCAUGUCCUGGCGGUGUUUCAGCAUCUUCUUUUAAGCCUUCAAAAGUUUUAUUUUCGCGAAAUGGAUCAACGACGCAAUCCGACUGCAAUACUGUCAACAAUCAAAAAUCAGAAAAUAAUAACAAAACGUCUGAAUAUGGUAGUUGCGAACAAAGUCCGACGAAUGCUUGUGAAGAAUCAAAUGAUAAACAGUCUGAGAUCGACUGCAAUGGGCAGUCAAUUCUUAUUAAAAUUUAUGAUUCUGAAAUACGGAAACUCAAACGAAAAAUUAAAGAUGAAAGGCUUCGAUUUAGAGAUCAAGUUCUUAUUCUUCAAAAUGAAAACGAUCGGCUACGAUUCACCUUAGAAAAAGUUGAUCGUUCUACCUCGUUUCUGCAUCGUAAUCUUCAGUACGAACGUCACAAAAACCACAAUUUACGGAAAAAGAUUCGCGAUUUGGAAAAUUUAAUUAAGAACCUUAAAUAUCAGUUAGAUUCUUGUCGUAAAGAUGAAUCUGUAAAGCAAACAUGUCAUGUUGUUGGUGCAGGAGAAGCACUUUGUGUGCUAACACAGUCAAGUGGAAGCCUAUUUGAUUAUGAAACUCCUCAGUAUAAUGAUCCACCAGACGAAAUCCGGAAUUUCAGAAACAAACAGUUAGAACUAGAAUUAUCCGAGGAAAAUGAAUCACCUUGGCUGUGGGCAUCUGUUGGUAAAGAAGAUGAAAUUAUGGAAGAGCAUCGCAAAAGUCCAGAAGAUAUUAAGGAAGACACUCGAAGAAAUUCUCGAAGACUUCUUCGACGAUCAUUUUCAGAUAGCCAGGUUUCAAAGAUUUUAGCGGAAUCUGAACCUUUUGAAAUUCUUCGAGGAUUUUCUUCACCAUCUACUCGCCGCUUUCGAACUCGUGGAGAAUGGUUGCGUGGUGGUUUGGAUACAAGUUUUUCAUCUGAAGAAGAUGUUAGCACAAUGGAAUUGAUUGAACGACAAUUACGUCGUCGUGGCGAUUGUGUGCGAUUUAUUCCACCUAGGCGUACCGUACGGGAAGCAACAUUUCGACGAUACGGUCGCCGGGAACGAAGUGCGUUAGCAGAAUUUGAUUAUUUAUUAGAUCUUAGCACAGAUGCUAGCGCAAUUGCAUCGAGUCCUGAUUAUGUAUCUUCUAAAAGUCAACGUCGAGAUCUUAGCUAA